CUUCUUCGGUGUCCAAUCUGCUUUGAUUCCAAGGCCGCCACAGCCGCCGGCACAAAUCUCUCUCUCUCUCUCUCGUUCUUAGGGUUUCCGCCUUCCUUGGCUUCCUCAUCAAUGGCGUCUUCGUUUCUCAGAAUCCCAACUAUCUCCUCAAGAACCCUCGAAACCCCUUCUCUUCCCUCCUUAUCCUCUUCCUCCUCCAAAUUCUCUCCUCUUUCCCCCCAUUUCCAUCACCGCCACCGGCGCUCCGCCACCGUCCUCCGUCUCUCAUGCUCCGCCUCGGCUGACGCAUCUCCUCUUCCUUCCCAUUCCCUCCGCCGCCGGCCGCAAUACAUCCCGAACCGCAUCCCCGACCCCAACUACGUCCGCAUCUUCGACACCACCCUCCGCGACGGGGAACAAUCUCCUGGAGCUACCCUCACGGCCAAGGAAAAGAUCGACAUCGCUCGUCAACUCGCGAAACUCGGGGUUGACAUCAUUGAAGCUGGGUUUCCCGCCGCUUCCAAGGAAGAUUUCCAAGCCGUGAAAACAAUCGCCGAGAUUAUCGGAAACACCGUCGACGAGUCCGGCUACGUCCCCGUCAUCUGCGGCCUCUCCAGAUGCAACAAGAAGGACAUCGAGACGGCAUGGGAAGCGGUGAAAUACGCCAAGCGGCCGAGGAUCCACACGUUCAUCGCGACGAGUGACAUUCACUUGAAAUAUAAGUUGAAGAAGAGCAAAGAGGAGGUAAUCGAAAUCGCGCGGAGUAUGGUUCGAUUCGCGAGGAGCUUGGGCUGCGAAGAUGUGGAGUUUAGCCCUGAAGAUGCUGGAAGAUCCGACAGAGAGUUUCUGUACCGGAUUCUUGGUGAAGUCAUCAAAGCUGGAGCCACAACUCUCAACAUACCCGAUACGGUUGGUAUAACUUUGCCGAGUGAGUUUGGUCAGUUGAUAGCUGAUAUAAAGGCCAACACACCCGGGAUCGAAAAUGUCAUUAUCUCAACACACUGUCAAAAUGAUCUUGGGCUCUCUACAGCCAACACUUUAGCUGGUUCAUAUGCAGGUGCAAGGCAAGUGGAAGUAACAAUCAAUGGAAUUGGUGAGAGGGCUGGAAAUGCUUCACUGGAAGAGGUUGUGAUGGCCAUAAAAUGCCGCGGUGAUCACAUAUUAGGAGGUUUAUUUACGGGAAUUGAUACCAGGCACAUUGUUAUGACAAGCAAGAUGGUUGAAGACUACACGGGUCUGCAUCUUCAGCCCCAUAAGGCUAUUGUAGGAGCUAAUGCUUUUGCCCAUGAAAGCGGUAUCCAUCAGGAUGGAAUGCUAAAGCACAAGGGUACAUACGAAAUUAUAUGCCCCGAAGAGAUUGGGCUUGAGCGGUCAAAUGAAGCUGGCAUUGUCCUGGGGAAGCUUAGUGGGCGUCAUGCACUGAGAGACCGUCUUAAUGAGCUUGGUUAUGAACUGGAUGAGGAACAGCUAAACAACAUUUUCUGGCGUUUCAAAGCUGUGGCUGAGCAGAAAAAGAGAGUUACAGAUGCUGACAUAAUUGCCUUAGUAUCUGAUGAAGUUUUCCAGCCAGAAGUCGUGUGGAAGCUCCUCGACGUUCAGGUAACUUGUGGAACCCUUGGUCUGUCAACUGCAACAGUAAAACUGGCCGAAGCCAAUGGGAAAGAGCAUGUUGCUUGUUCUACUGGAACUGGCCCUGUAGAUGCAGCCUACAAGGCCAUUGAUCUCAUUGUGAAGGAGCCUGUGACUCUGCUUGAAUAUUCCAUGAACGCGGUAACAGAAGGCAUCGAUGCCAUUGCAACCACCCGGGUUUUGAUUCGCGGAGACAACAACUUCUCUUCUACAAAUGCAUUAACUGGUGAAGUUGUUCAAAGAACUUUCAGUGGAACUGGAGCAGGGAUGGACAUUGUUGUCUCCAGUGUCAAAGCCUAUGUUGGAGCUGUCAACAAAAUGCUCGGUUUCGAAGAACGUUCCUUACCGAGAGUCUCGUCGGAAAGCAGCAAAGUUCCGGCCUAACCCUAUGCCUUUACUCGGUCCAAAACUCGGGGAUCCAGGUGCAGAGAUAGGUGAAAGAAUCUAUCAGCUUUUAAUCGUCGUUCUUCGUGCCUAAUUUAUGAAUCUUUUUCGCCGAAACUAAGACUGUUAAGUGUAAAAAAAAUGGAACAGUGGUUUGGAUUCUGGUAAAACAGUUGCAGAACUUCAUCAUCUAAAGUCAUUUUGUGAGCAGGAAAAGGAGUUGACUGA